GAGUCUGAAAGGUGAAGUCUGACCUACGACGUCGUUGAUUCCUCUGCAGUAUGACUGUCCGUCACGCCUUCGCUCUCCUGCUGGUCGCGCUCCUCGUGGUCGGAACGCUGGCCCUCCCUGAAUCCGACCCGCACUUCGGUCGGGGCUUCGGUCGGCGAUUCGGACGCGGCUUUGGGGGAUUCGGUCGGCCUCUGUACGGUUAUGGACAUGGCCUCGGCUAUGGAUUAGGACACGGGCACGGAUACGGAGGCUACGGAGGAUACGGCGGGUAUGGCGGAUACGGCGGGUACGGGGGUUAUGGGCAUCCGUACCUACACUACGGAUAAGCAGGAUCGGAAUAACGGAUUUGGAGAUAUUCGGAUUCUACGAGCGUGAUCGGACAGGAUUCGAAUUCUACAAAGGCUUAUAAUGUUCUCGGAUGCUUAAUGUUAAGAGACGGUGAGGCCAAGUUAUAUGUGAGCAAAUGGGUUUUGAUUCUACUGUAUCAGCAAGUCACUUAUCGUCCAAAGGUAUCAAUUAUGUUAAUGGUUUUCAAGAAUUCAUAACGGGGUCUAGUAAUAUAACCGUAACACUUUCGUCCAAUGUACAUGUUAAUUUUGGUGUCAAGGUAUUCUUCCUCGGUAUAAGGAUUUUUUUUUCAAUACAUUUCUUGAAUAAAGUCAUAAUUUCAAUAG